AUGGAAAAUCUUUUCAAUAGGUCUCAGCAAGCUCGCCCUCGCUAUUCCUCGAGAGGAAAACCAGUACAAUCGGUCCAUCAGAAAUCUGCCGGAAUCAAACCGGCGACGAAGGUUGUUCAGAUUCCGGUCCACUCCGUCAGUUCCGAUCCAGAUCGGUCCUUCCCGACACAGAAAUCUGAUGAGGCGGCGCAGGCGCCUGAUAGAAGAUCCGCUUCAGCGUUAAGGAUCCAGAAGGUAUUUCGUGGCUAUAUGGUGAGGAAAAACGUGAAGAGAAUUAUGUCAAUACGAAAAGAGGUGGAUGAAAUUGAGCGGAAGCUUUUAUGCGGCGAAACGGCGGAGUUGAUUCGGAGAGACGAAAGGGAAAGGUUGCGGGUGAAUGAAACGCUGAUGUCUCUGCUUUUCAAGUUGGACUCCAUUAGUGGAGUCGAUGCUGGUGUUAGGGAGUGCAGAAAGGGUGUGAUUAAGAAGGCAAUAUCCUUGCAAGAAAAAGUUGACUCCAUUGUUUCCUGCAGCUAA